ACUAAAUGAAUUAAAAUCGAAUUCUUAUUUUUUUUUUAAACCAACUAAAUUCAUGCCAUAGAUCAGGAAUUUUAGAACAAACACAUUCACUUCAGUCAAUCACUCACAAAAUUCAUUGCAACAUUUUUCGGCAUGUUCUUCAAAAUUUCAGUUUAAUACCCUGUACAACAUGAAAAAUUAACAAGUACUUUACAAUCCUUAUUACCGUUUUAUAUUAUUUGAAAAUCCGAACAAGAUGCAGUGCCAUACAAUUUGCCACGUAAAACCAGUGCCACCGGAAUGUAAUCAUUAUAGAAACGAAGCAGUACAUACAAAUACGAGGUAUAACAAUGCGCAAAAGAAGGAAGAAUGUAACAGGCCAUGUACCGAAAAAAGCCCAUAUGUACCCAUGUUUUUAAUGAUUCCAUUUGGAGAAGACAUCUUCGAUUCAUCACAGAGCAGAGAAAAGUGUGUAGAAAAACCACCGACCGACAAAACUCGUUGUCAAUUGUCGAAGGACGAAUUGAAAUUUCCUGAAAUGCGAAACGGAAUUCUGUUCACAAGGUGCCAGUGCGUGCACAGGGAUGGCCUUCAAGAUACAUGUCCAUUGAGCCAGUGCCAAAAUGGACCGAACUGUCUAGUUAAACCGUGGCCUUGUUGUUUACCUGCGAAGUAUUUACAAUCACGACAUCCACGACAGUAUCCACCAUGUCAAUUAUAAAAUCAUUGCCUCAGUACAUGUAAAUUUCUCUUUUUACUGUAUAUUUACCUGGAAAUGAUUACGUUAAUAAGGAACGAUAGCCCUGAAUAUUGAAACACAUAUUACAUUGUACAAAUACAGUAUAAUAUACAAACUAUUAAUACUUACUGAU